AUGCGCAUGACCUCUUCUGCUACUCUCGAUUUAAGCCUCCAACUUUUACGUCAGCCAUCGGUUACACCUGUGGACCACAACUGUCAAAAUAUUAUGGCUGAACGCUUAGAAAAAAUUGGUUUCAACAUUGAAUCUAUGCGCUUUGAUGAUGUUGAUAAUCUAUGGGCACGAAAAGGUACUGAAGCACCUGUAUUCUGCUUUGCGGGUCAUACCGAUGUCGUUCCUACAGGUAAUUUAGAUGCUUGGAACUCAGACCCAUUUGCCCCUGAAAUUCGUGAUGGCAAGCUUUAUGGUCGUGGCAGUGCAGACAUGAAAACUGCCUUGGCCGCAAUGGUGGUUGCUUCUGAGCGCUUUGUUGCAAAACACCCAAAUCAUAAAGGCUCAAUCGCGUUCCUCAUCACCUCAGAUGAAGAAGGUCCAUCGAUCAAUGGCACAGUCAAAGUGAUCGAAACACUCGAAGCCCGUAAUGAAAAAAUGAAGUGGUGUUUGGUGGGUGAACCUUCAAGUACACAUCAACUGGGUGAUAUUGUUAAAAAUGGUCGUCGUGGUUCACUCAAUGCAGUACUGACAGUGAAAGGAAAACAAGGUCACGUGGCUUAUCCACAUUUGGCCAUUAACCCGAUUCACAUGGCGUCUAAAGCCGUUGCUGAACUUUGUGAUACGGUUUGGGAUCAAGGUAACGAAUACUUCCCUGCAACCUCGUUCCAAGUGUCCAAUAUUCAAGCUGGCACAGGGGCAACCAAUGUCGUUCCAGGUACCAUGACCGUGACGUUCAAUUUCCGUUAUUCAACUGAAUUGACCGCUGAAGAAUUAAAAGCACGUGUUUUAGAAAUUUUGGAUCGUCAUGGUUUAGUCUACGACAUUAAAUGGACACAUUCAGGCUUACCGUUCCUGACGCCAGUGGGUGAGUUGGUGAAUGCGGCUAAAAAUGCCAUUCGUAAUGUGACUGGUGUAGAAACUGAGCUUUCAACCUCAGGCGGAACAUCUGAUGGUCGCUUUAUUGCUCCUACAGGUGCUCAAGUACUUGAACUUGGUGUUCUCAAUGCCAGCAUCCAUCAAAUUGAUGAACAUGUGAAUGUUGCUGAUCUGGAACCGCUUGCUGAAAUUUACGAACAAAUUUUAGAAGGCCUUUUGGCAUAA